AUGUCUACGAAGAUCACAUCACCGGCGCACUGGCGCCAAACCCUCCGCUCUCAUGCGAUCGUCAUCGCUGACUUCUACGCCGACUGGUGCGGACCCUGCAAGAUGAUCGCGCCGACGUUCGAGUCGCUGGCGACCAAGCACGCCAAGCCGAACAAGAUCGCCUUCGUCAAGGUCGACGUCGACAGCCAGGGCGAGGUCGCGCAGGAGCACGGCGUCCGCGCCAUGCCCACCUUCCUGAUCCUGCGCAACGGCACCGUCAUCAACACCAUCCGGGGCGCCAACCCGCCCGCCCUCGUCGCCGCCGUCGGCGAGGCCGUCAAGCUCGCCGGCCCCGGCGCCGGCGGCGGCGCCGCCUUCUCCGGGACCGGCCACAGGCUCGGCGGCAGCGGGGUCGGGCGGCCGAGCGUGGCCAGGCCGGUCGGCGCAGGGUGGAGUCUGAAGGGCUUUGUGGAGGGGCUGAUUGCCUUCUUUGGGCUGUACUUCUGGUCGCUGUUCUCGCUCGACCCCUACAAGGCGGCAGAGAACUCGCCGUUCCGUAAAGGAAACGCGCCAUCAGCCGCGAAACCGGCAGGCGGCGGAACUAGGCCUGGCGGCAGCCGCCCCGCGUUCAAGACGUUGGCAGACUUGGGCAGCUCAUGAUGGUUUUUUUUUGUUUUGUUUUUUGGGGCUUGGGGUUUAUAUAAACUUGGAGUACAGGGCGUUCUUCGAGCGGCAUAAGGGAGGUUUGCUAUGCAUUUUGUACGUUUCUCUUUAUCGAUACUAAUCGAGUCA